AUGGCUUUCUUCAAGCAGUUGCGUCGUCGCUCAAAGGCCAAUUUUCAACCAGAGUCAAAAACCGCAGCCGCAAAGGUGGAAAUGGUCGGCAAAUCUUCAUCCACGAUCGACACAUCCUCCCACAGCUCCAUAACUCCGCCAUCGUCGAUCAAGCCGACCCUCUCCUCCCCCAAUCUACCUUCCCUGACAGAACUUAAUACCAAUGCCUUACAGCUACCCCCGCCCCCGCGCCCAGGCCAGUUGGGGUCUCGGUCUCAACGAAACAGCAUGGUGGGGAGCUCAUCAUCAUCUAUCAAUGGAGUAUAUAGAAGUGUUUCUAGCUCGCCAUAUGCGCCAAGGAUUGUUUCAAUCACCGAUAACUCCUGGGUUCACCAGAAAGUCCUCCUCGUUUAUGGUCAAAUUGGCGACCCGAGGAAUCACCCGCUGGACGGGAACAUCACGGUCUUCCAUCAUCAAGACAACUUUCCAUCGACUGGCUGGCCAGUCACAGAAUCUCAUUUUAAAGCUCUAGUUCACCUGGUGCCCGGUCCUAAUCGCCUCCGUUUCGACUUUAUUUCCCCUAAACUCUCCUCCGGCAGCGCCCACCCCGCAAUUCACUCCGCAUGGAUCUGCAUCAACUACCUUCCUCUCUCCAACACCCCGCCAUUGCAGCUUGUCGUCUUGCUUGGGAAGGAUUCAGAGGGCACCUACGAUGCUGUGCCAGAGCGCGCGGAGCGAGAGGGCAAUGAUCUGGGUAUGGCAAUUCGGAAGUAUCGAACUGCGGCAUACCUUUGGCAGGCCUUUACUGGAGAGCAGAUGUUUCGCAACAACCUUGGACGCCGCUGUUUCCGUUUUGAGGAGGAAUGGCAAUCUGGUAGUUUGAGCCGUCGCGACUCGGCGGUUGGUCAGAUGCGCAACGAAGCCAAAAUCCACAUCGUUCGUACCGAUAAGACAGUCGCAGAGCUUCGGGAUUUGAAUAUCGCCCAGCAAAACAAAAAUGCCCAGAAGAAAGAUGAGCUUUUCACAAUCGCCAAGGAGGCCGUGCGAAAGCAUUUCAAUACCCAACCCGGUCAGAAGCAAUAUGUCUCGGUAUUGCUGCUCGACUCUCACUGGGACACCGAGCAACAGAUCAUUACCGGCCACGCAGCAUUGGGUUCUGGUGGUGACGAUAUCAAAAUGGCUAUCUUUGGAUCCCACAGUCUACAAACUUAUCCAUCGUGUCUAGAAGAAGUUGUGGAUGCCUUUUCCGACUGCACCCGGACAGAUACGAAUUAUGUCGCCAAUGAUAAUGGUGAAGCGGGAUCAAAUUGGGAAUCUGCCAACAUCGGCAUUGGCGCUCAUCUGCAUGAGGUGGGCCAUCUCUUUGGAUGCCCCCAUCAGGAGUCUGGCGUCAUGCUCCGCGAUUACGUGCAGCUCAAUCGCUCCUUUUUGACCAAGGAGCCAUUUUGCACUCGCACCAAGGCUCAGGGCUUGAAGGUGUGUCUACCUAACGACGAGUGUAGCUGGCAUCGAUUGGACGCUCUGCGUUUCAGAUUCCACCCAUGUUUCCGACUGCCCAGCGACGCUACACCAAGCUCAGAUGAUAGUGUCCAAGUCUGGCCUGUGGAAAACGGCAAGAUUCUGUUUACUGCUUCUUCCGGCAUUGCAUUCAUGGAGCUGUACAAAGAGGGUGAUGAGUUUUGCCAUACUUCUAUCGAAUAUCUGAACAGCGAGUCCAGCCCUAACGGCCUUCCGAAGCAAAUUUCCAUCACCGAAAAUGAACUUCGCCUGAAGCUCUUUGGCAACGAAAAGGAGAAGAAAAGGAAGAUCAAGCUUGUUGUGUACUCCGGCGCCCUAGGCAGUUAUACCGUUGAAGAUGUCGCUGCAUUGAAAUCGAAGGGCUCUCUGGUUAAGCUUCCCAAGAGUCAGACUGGCUACAAGAGUGGAAUCCUCGGUUUCUCCUCGAUGGAUGGCAGCGAGCCUCAGCAACUGCUCCUUGAGUGUGCUUUCAUUGCCACCAAACUUUUGACUUCCAUCAAGGUUUACCAUGGCAGCGCUCUAGAUGGCAUCGAGUUUUGUUAUGAAGACAUGACCAGCCAGCUAUUUGGCAAACGUGGCGGCAAAGUCGGCGGUGAUGAAUUCGUUCUUGACACUCGACGUGGAGAGAUUCUUCUUGGAUUCUAUGUCCGAGCCGGUCAGUGGAUUGAUGGAAUUGAGAUUCUCACCAGCCUCGGGAGGAAAUCCAGCUUCUAUGGCAAUCCCAAUGGAGGGUCAGGACACACCUUGAUCCCACCUCUGGGCUACAAAAUUGCCGGUAUCUCGGGAUCCUUCGGGUCAUGGGUUGAUGGUUUUUCUCUUAUCGUUCAACAUUGA